AAUAUUAAAAUAAACAUAGGGACAAUUUAUUGUUAAAAGUCAAAAAAGAAAUAAAUUAAACAACUUUUUGGAAGUAUAUUCUUUUACAAAAAAUAUAUUUUAUUUUAUAUAAUAUUAGUAAUUUAUUGUAUAAUUAUAUUUAUAGAAAUUUAUACUUUUCACAGUAAAUAGCUAUUGUAUGAUUUUUAUAAAAAUAUAUAUUUUGUGAUGAUAUAUAUAUAAAUAAUUAUUAUAAUUUCUUUUCUCUUAAUAUUAAUAAAUUUUUGAAUUAAUUGAUUAAAAAAACAGAUUUUUUUCUUAUUCAAGAUAGUACUAUAUAUCUUUUAACAUAAAUAUAUUUUAGUUCACAGUUUAAUUUUAUUUGAUACCUAUUAGUUUUUGCUACAUGCAAAAGAUAAUUAUCUUAAUUUGAACAAAAAAUAAUAAUUACCUUAGUGCCAAAUGUAUCAAUUCUAUUAAUGAGUAACUAAAUAAACAUGAUGGAUGUCAAAAAAAAAAAAACUAAAUAAACAUGAUGAGAUUAAUAUUUCUUUCUUUUUCAUCGCCUAUAUUUCUUUCUUAUUUAUGUAGGAACUAGUUGUAUAUAAACACAACCUGAUGAAUGAAUGCAAAUCAUUAUAUAACUCCUUUAUAUAGGCUAGAUAAGCUACGUCAAUCCUAUUAUUUUGGUCAUAACGAUUUUGUUGUGUUGCUUGUUACUUCGAAUCCUUAAUUCUUGGGUUUUCCUCGUGAAGAUGUCGGAAGCCAAAAUUGAAGAGAUAAACUGUGAAGACAGGAUCAGUGCUUUGCCCGAAGAGUUGCUUGUGACGAUUUUGUUGCUUGUCCCGAUUAAAGAAGCAGUAGCCACCAUGAUUUUGUCCAAAAGGUGGCGCUAUAUAUGGAUGAUGUUGCCUAGCCUUGAUUACAAUGAAACCAAUGAUGUCAACCAAGCUCGUGAUUGGGGUGGUGAUGAUAAUGAUGAUGGUGAUGAUGAUCUUGAAAGCAAGAGCAUUUGGUGGUUUUUGGACAAGUCACUGAAACUUCACAAAGCACCUGUCUUAGAAAUAUUGCUUAUUAGUCUUGGUCGACGAUGUCCUAGUGAUGCUAAUGUCGGAAAUUGGGUUGAAAAGGCUGUUGAUCGCGGUGUGGUCGUGGUAAAAUUCAAGCUUCGCUGGUCCGCAGGUCCAACCACAUUGCCUAAGAGCCUUUACACCUGCGAAACACUCAAAGAAUUGACUCUAUCUAACAAGGUUCUUGUUGAUUUCCCUUCUUCUUCUUCCCCUUCCUGCCUUCCAUCACUUGAAAUACUUCAACUUUCCUGUGUGGUAUAUAAAGACGAGGAUACUUUCGCUAGGUUCUUAUCUAGUUGCCCUGUCCUUGGAAUAUUGAUCGUGAAAAGAAAGAAGAGUGAUAAUCUGACAAACUUUAUUGUGAAAGUUCCUACUCUAUGGAUGUUAUGGUAUUAUAAUACAACAUGGCUGCUAGAUGACACUGAUGUAGUGGAUAGCGGUAGUUGUUUGGUUAUAGAUACUCCGGCAUUAAUAAAGUUUAACGUCACUGAUUAUUCAAGACACUCUUGGUCGAUCGGGAAUAUGCCUUGUCUUGAGGAGGCACAUAUUAGUGUCGACUGUUUAUCUCUUUUUGACAAGAUCAUAACAGCUUCUUCGGCGAUCUUGUCUCUUGUCUUGACUUUCGAAGAUGAAAUGCUUGUUCGUUGUAGCACCCUAAGAUUUUCUCGACUUCUUAGGUUAUCUGUAGAUCCAAGUAGAUCAAACUGCGUGGAACCACUCUUACUUUUACUUGGAAAUACUCCGAAACUUGAAGAACUUGUAGUUAAUAAUGAAUUUGCCUCUGAACCCGAGGAUGUCCCACUUUCAUGGAAUCAACCAAGUUCUAUUCCUGGAUGCUUGUCGUCACAUCUAAAAAUAUUUGAAUGGAGAUACUAUGGACACAGAGAAGAAGAGGAAGAAUUCUUGACAUACAUCCUAGCCAAUUCUAAGUGUUUAAAGACUGUGACAAUCUCCCUCAACCCCAUUUUAGAUCCUGAAUUAGAGGAAGAUUUUAUCAUCGGAAAAUUGAAAGAUAUUCCUAGGGUUUCAACAUCAUCUCAACUUUUGGUCAAUUGAAAAUUUAAUUCGAGUUAUCAUAUGUUUAGCUAUAAGAAGAACCUCUAAAUAUAAUGUGAACAACUUGCUAUUGCCAUAAUGUAAACAAAAUACAGUUUCUUGACAAUGAAGUGUUAUCUACUGACUUCACAAAUAAUUAAUAAUACUAUAACAUAAUCUCACAUGUGGAGGAAUAUUGGCUGCAAUAUCUCGUUUUCAGGUUACAUUGUUCACAACAAUAAUUGUUGUGUGUUGAUGAUUGCUAUAGUCACCCAUAACCUGCUCAACCAUGCCCGUUAAUGCAUUUUACAUGCACCGCAUACCACACAACCUAUAUAUAACAAGGUUAAGUCGCCUCUUAUCACAACACACAACUUCAGCUUUGCGGUAAAGCUUAAACUAAAGGGUCAAUUAGCUCAAUAUACAAAUUGGAGAAAGAUAUUGCACAAGUGUGCAUUUUUUUUUAUUAAUUUGCGAACACGAAAAUUCAUCAUCGUAAAAUGACCCUUAUGGCCUCGACAAGAUUUGACAAGCCUAUUUGGGUAGUCCUGCUACCAGCUACUUGAGAAGAUAAGAGAUUCCUUUGGGUUUUGACGUAUGAUAGGUUCAAAAGCAAGUGGGUAGAUAGAUGGGUGUCAAUGUGUCAUAUAUCUCCACCAGGUUUUAAACCGUUUAUUUUGCAUGUUGACCUAAACAUAAACAGAAAAAUUUCACGACACAAAAUAUCAACAUCUUAAAAUUUACUUGACAAUAAUUUGAAUAAAUAAACAAUACUUGAUUAAUUAUCAAUUUUUUUUUCACAUUGAAAAUUAAUUUUCGUUACCAUAUCAAUGAGGAAUACAAGAUCGAGAGACAUACAGCAGGAGGAUAGAAGAAACUCAUCCCCUGAGUCUAAAAGCCCACAAAUGGGAGACUAGAAAGACAUGAAAAACAGAGCAUAACAAGCAAGCUCAUUCUAGAUAACCAAACAACUCUAAGAGACACAAAGACAAAGUCAAAAAGAAAUCAAUAAAUCAAAGAACCUAAGACAAUGAUCCAUGCAUCAACGAGCAAAGAUAAAACCACCACUUGCUUAACCUUCAAGCCAAGAAACAGACUAAUCUAGCGAAGCAGCAAGGUCAAAAGAGCACACCAGCAAGUCAGCAACAACUGGAAGGAUCAUUAAAACAGAGAACUUCAACCCACGGAGCACCAAAGAACCACCCCAACAAAACCUCAAACUCCCAACCACUAACUGGCAACCACGGAUUGAGAGCCUAAAUAAGACUAUGGAGAACACAAAGCCGGGAGGACAUCGACGGCAAGAGGAGGAAGCCCCGAGAGCUUACCUAAGAAGAACAUCCGUUCCUAAGCGAAACUUCAACUAACUAGAGAAGCAGAGUUGGAAAGCUCACACCCAAGCAACAGCGAAACACAGGCUAGAGGAUGAGGCAGUGUUGAGAUCACUCCAUACGUACAGCAUGAAAACAACAGAAGAAAAAGGCAAACCAUAGUCUCCAGCCAUGAACAAGGAUCUCCAGAUCUGAAAUCGACCUCACCAUAAGCGAACUAUUUCCCUUCACAACACAUGCCACCAGACCAAACAACUUUUAAGAGAGAGUAUUGGCCACCACAGCCCGUCGAUUUGCAGAGAGGAGAGAAGCCGGAGCGCCUACGAGAAGCUCAUAUCUAGAAGCUCCGAUCAGAGGUAGAAGAAGUUGUUGCUUGCUCCAGCAAAACCAAGACGAAACAAAGCACCUCUACAUCCACCAUAUCACAAAAAGAAAGGAUUUGUUGAAAAAAUUAUCAGUUUUGUUGGUCAGAAAUUUUCUGGAGAUUUGGGGAUCAGUUUUGUGUUCUUUUCAUUAUCGAAGUCAAAGAAGCCUGAAACGAAAUGAUUUGAUUAAUUAAAACUUCAACUGAAAAUAAGAAGAAGAACAAGAAGAUCAAAUCAGUGAAAGAUGGAAAGAGGUAGAGAAUAACGAAGAAAGCGUUGUGAGAGAUUUUAUUUUUGUUCUUUUCUUUUAAUAUUUGUUAAUAUAUUAAAAAUUAUUUGUCUACAUUCAGGUUAUCCGGUUGCUAGACUAUAGGUUGGCAUACAAGGAAAUAGGGAUAUAACGGGUAUUAUGAAAAAGAAACAGUACCAUGGCUAUAUAGCUAAUUAUAGUUUGUUUUAUAGCCAUCUAUCGCAAAUUCCCUAAACUAAAAAAACAGAGCAGAGAUGGGUUUGGUCACAGAGGAGGUGAGAGCUAAGGCAGAGAAGUACACCGGAGAUGAGAUAUGCCGAGAGAAGACAAAAGUCUUCCUCAAAGAAAUAUCUAUGCCCAAUGGUUUACUACCAUUGAAGAGGUUGGGUACGACAGAGAGUCAGGUGUCGUGUGGCUGAAGCAGAAACAGAGCAUCACCCACAAGUUCGAAACGAUCGAUAAGCUUGUCUCCUACGGAACCGAGGUCACGGCCGUGGUUCAGACGGGUAAGAUCAAGAAGCUCACUGGAGUCAAGGCCAAGGAGCUUCUUAUUUGGGUCAGUGUCAGUGAGAUCUAUACAGAGGAAAAGGAGAAGAUCACGUUUAAGUCCCCAACCACACUUUCCAGGACUUUCCCAGUCUCAGCUUUUGUAGUCCCAGAGGAAGUGGAACCUGCCAAGGAAGAACCUGUCAAGGAGAAGAGCAGUGAAGCCGCCGCCGAGGUCAAAGAGGCUGUUGCAGUCAAGGAGGCCUAAUCAAAGCUUUUCUACAGUUCAAAGAGACCAAAAUCUAUUGAAGUGUACUUCAACAAUGUUAUCUAUAGGUAUGAAGUGAUCAAAGCUGGUGUUAUCCCACGUUUUGUGGAGUUUCUUGGAAGGCAGGACCAUCCACAACUUCAGUUUGAGGCUGCAUGGGCUUUGACCAACGUUGCGUCAGGAACAUCGGACCAUACUCGGGUUGUUAUUGAACAUGGGGCGGUACCUAUCUUCGUCGAGCUUCUUAGCUCUGCUAGUGAUGAGGUUCGAGAGCAGGCGGUGUGGGACUUGGGGAAUGUUGCUAGCUGUGGUGCUCUUAUACCAUUGCUGUCUCAGUUAAACGAAAACUCAAAGUUAUCCAUGCUGAGGAAUGCUACAUGGACCUUGUCCGACUUUUGCCGUGGGAAACCACCAACACAAUUUGAAGAGGUGAAGCCUUUCACCUGCCCUGCCAGUUCUUCGGCAACUUAUCUAUCUAAAUGAUGAAGAAGUUCUCACAGAUGCCUGCUGGGCUCUAUCUUACCUUUCAGAUGGCCCCAAUGAUAAGAUCCAGGCUGUGAUCCAGGAUGGUGUCUGUCCACGACUUGUGGAGCUUCUGAGGUUAGCUCAAUUUUGCUAUAUUAUUGCUAUAUUAGCUGGUCUUGUAGUUUUGUUCUUCAGAUUCUUAUCCCCCAACAAUGGUGUUUGACAUUUUCAAAUUUGUGAUGUUUUUAAUACCUCUUAGAAAUUGAGUGUUAGUGUACUGACUAAUAUAUAUAUAUAUAUAUAUAUUUCUUCAAGUCAUCCAUCACCUACGGUUCUCAUUCCUGCGCUUCGAACUGUUGGGAACAUUGUAACUGGUGAUGACUCUCAGACACUGUUUAUAAUUGAUAGUGGAGCUUCUGAGGUUAGUUCCUUUCCGAGGAUGGACUUGUAACAAAAAAUGGUGGUUAAGAAGGUAGUUAAGGAGAUUUACCAACCAGUUUUAUAAGGAUUGUUAGCUACGCUCAAAUGUUUAGAGUAUAUAUAUAUGGUGCAUCUCUCUUUUAAGUUUCAUAUCUGAAAACCAUUUUCAAACAAAGAAUGAGUACUCCUCUCACACCGGCUCAAAUCCAAGCAAAUCUCGACCGCAAGCGCGCAGCAAAGGCGGCGGCAGAUCGGAAGAGGGCUGCGGACAAGAAGAAGGAAAACAAGAAAUUCAAUGCUGCUGUGAAAAAACGCCAGGAGAACACACUGCGUAUGCUCGGGAUCAAAAAGUAGUAGUUUGAUGUUUGAACAUGUAAUGGGAUGCAUCUUGCAUCCUUCUCAAUAAAUUGUUGUCGUGUCUUAUAAAUUUGAUCCUUUUAUCUCAUAUUGGAUGCAUCCUUCUCAAUAAAUUGUUGUCGUGUCUAAUAAAUCUGAUCCUUUUAUCUCA